GUUUCGUCCAAAAUGUGGAGGCUGCCGGUGUUCGUUCUAUGGAUAGCUCUGCAAUCGACAAGUUUCAGUCACGUGACAUUCACGAACCUCAAAUGCAGCUCGUUAGAUGAUAAAUUCAUGGAGUUUGCCACGUGCCAGAUCAAGGCUGUCAAUCGAUCGCACAAGUACUUGGAUAUAUACACGAAGAUGCAUCAGUUGCCCAUAAACACGGCCUGGGUGAAAGUGAAGUUCAUGAAGUUCGAUAACGGAUACAAGCCCUUCUUCAUCGACCUCUCCUAUGAUGCCUGCAAGUUCAUGAGGAAUAAAAAGAAGCAUCCGAUUGCGUUCAUGUUCUUUCGAUCGUUUGUGAACAACACGAACCUCAAUCACACCUGUCCCUACGAUCAUGACAUUUUCGUGGACAAACUCUAUACCGGAGAACUGGAGACGGAAUUCAGUCGCCUCAUCCCCAUUCCCAGCGGGGACUACGCCAUCUUCACCGAAUGGAGCUCCGAGAACACCACACGCUGUACCGUUCGCCUCUAUAUGAAGAUAUUCCAAAAAUAGAGAUCUGUUGUACUUC